ACGUCUUUCCUCCUCUUCCGGCUCCACCCGCCGCUUCUUUCAAUCCUCUUUCUCUCCGUCGCUUCCGCAUUUGCGAUUAGGGUUUCUUUUCAUUCCCCCUCCUUCCUUCGUCCUCCUCCUCCUCUUGUUCUGCUGGUGUUGGCCCUCGUCCGCCUCCGUCUCUCUUCCUAGGGGGCUCGGCCUCGCCUGCCGAGGGAUGCAGACUACGCGAGAUUGCCAAUCGCCGGAAUCGGGAGCGGUCGCAGGAGCAUGAGAGGCCGCAGUCGUUCCACAAUCGCCACAACUACUACCGGGACUGGGGCGAUGGAUCUCGCCCUCGUGGAGAAGUCGGCCGUUGCUUGCGGAUUCCGCCUGCAAUCGGCCACCGAUUCCUUCUCCGUCGCGUCCGAGGCCUUCUCUGAAGGAUUCUGUCGCCGCCUCGUCUUCCUUUGAUACCUUCCACUUCUUUUCUUUUACUUCCCUUUCUCCGCUUGCUUUUGUUCGUCUUGCUGUCGUCGUUAUUUGAAAUGGAGCUGUCAGUAAAUGGAUUUCCAUCCAAUCUCGGGGUGAGUAGCUUGUUGGAGGCUGAACGCUGUGUGGAGACUGAUCCGACGGGCCGGUAUAUUCGUUACAACGAGAUUCUGGGAAGGGGAGCAUUUAAGACCGUUUACAAAGGGUUCGAUGAGGUUGAUGGGAUAGAAGUUGCAUGGAACCAAGUAUGCAUUGAGGAGGUGCUGCAAUCUCCGGAUAACAUUGGGCGUCUGUAUUCUGAAGUCUACCUUCUGAGAUCCUUAAAGCAUGAGAAUAUCAUCAAAUUUAUCGACUCAUGGGUUGAUCAUCAGACGAAGACCAUAAACAUCAUAACUGAGCUUUUUACUUCUGGAAGUUUAAGGCACUAUCGCAAGAGGCAUAAGAAUGUGGAUAUGAAAGCUAUAAAGAACUGGGCAUCACAAAUCCUUCGAGGUUUGGAGUACCUUCACAAUCACAAACCUCCAAUACUUCACCGUGACCUGAAAUGUGAUAACAUUUUUGUGAACGGAAAUAAUGGAGAGGUUAAGAUUGGGGAUCUUGGAUUAGCUAUUGUGAUGCAGCAACCUAGCGCUCGAAGUGUUAUCGGUACCCCUGAAUUUAUGGCCCCAGAGCUAUAUGAAGAGGAGUACAAUGAAUUAGUGGACAUUUAUUCUUUUGGAAUGUGCAUGUUGGAGAUGAUUACACUUGAAUUUCCAUACAGUGAAUGCAAAAAUCCAGCGCAAAUUUUCAAGAAAGUCACAAAUGGAAUAAAGCCUGCUGCACUUGCUAAAGUAACAGAUCCGGAGGUACGGCAGUUUAUUGAGAAAUGCUUGGUUUCUGCUUCAGAAAGAUUACCUGCCAAGGAACUCUUGAAAGAUCCAUUUCUUCAAAUUAAUAACAAGAAGGAAUCUCUUUCAGAUAUUGUUCAAGUUUCCAAAAAUAUGCUUAAUACAAAUCCAAUCUCAAGGCCUCUAUACAUGGACAUUGACUCUGAUUACAAAUCACUUCCAACUAGUAAUGGCACUGAGAGCAGUAAUUUAACAACACCUAUCACGGUUUUGGAAUUCCAAAGAACAAAUAAAAACAAAGAAUUUACACUUCAAGGAAGUAAACAUGAUGAUACAUCUGUCUCACUAAUUUUGCGUAUUGCGGAUGCAUAUGGUAUGGUAAAGUAUAUACAUUUUGUGUUCUGCUUAAAAUCUGAUACUGCCCUUGGAGUGGCCGCAGAAAUGGUGGAACAACUGGAACUAUCUGAUUAUGAUGUUGUUUUCAUAGCUGAUUUUAUUGAUUUCCUGAUCAUGAAACUUGCACCUGGCUGGAAACUCUCAAUUGACCAUUCUAAUGAGAAUAUUCAUCACAAGGAUUAUGAAGCAUAUGGUGAAAAUGAGUUUUUUUCAGUGCAGCCCUCCAAGUCACAACACUCAAGUGAUUAUUCUGAGUUUGACUAUGACCAUACCGGUUUAUCUCAGCUAAACCUGAAGAGUUCAGAAGGGAAGUUUGUAGAAAGUGAUCAUGGUCGAUCAUACAGGAAGGUGGAAGAAAAGGUGGAAGAAUCAAUGAUGUCGCCUACUGAGUGUCACACAUUAUAUGGUGGUAGAGGGGACAAAAGUUCUCAAGGGUCACUUUAUUCUGAUAUCUUUACGGGAAGUUUCAAGAACCCAAGUGGGUAUAAUACUGAUGUUGAUUCUAAAGCAGAUACACAAAUUAGUGAUGUUGGGGCCCCUUUUUUGCUUGCCAACAUUAAUUUAAACUCUUACACGCUCAAUUGCAACGAUAGAAAACAUGCUUCUAACUUGAAUAUGCUGAAGCAAUCUUCUGCACUAUCUCUGACUGAUGAAGAUCAAAAUGAGUUGAGAGCAGAGCUGGACAUGAUAGAUGCUCAUUUCGAACAGUGGUUUUAUGAGCUUUCUAAGAUGCGAGAGGAAGCAAAGAAAAAUGCUAGAAAGAAGUUUUCAAAGAAGAAGAGUGGUGAUUAAUUGCUUCCUACUCCAUCUUCAUUUGAAAGUUUUUUCUCUCUUUUUUUUUUUCCCUUUUCAUAGAUGUUUCGCAUUAAAUUUGUUCAAGUGUAAGUUCAUUUAGUUAUAGUCUGUAAUUCAUGUGGUUGGAUUCCUCUGGGUCACAGAACGUUAUUUGGUUCCAUUUCCGAUUGUGCAUGUUUUUACAUUCUUAUUAUAUACAAACUAUUACUUAGUUUUGUAUUGAA